ACGAGGGUGAAGUACCCAGAAAGUGUUAUUUUUGUAGUGUUAUUUCGUAACUAGUUUGUUAUAAUAAGUCCAGUUUAAUCUGUAAAGCUUAGCCACAAAUUUCUAUUUUAAAUAAAGCAGUUACUAUUUUAUACAUUGACCAGGAAAUUGAGUAACUGUUUCCUUGAUCAACCUAAGCUUACAAUCUGAAUCUUGUUAGUCUAAUGGAUUGCCAGACUUCAGAUACCAAAGAAAACAAUCUGCCUAGUGAUUUUGUGCCACCACCGACCCCUUUAUUGAAGAGGAUAGGUUAUGGCACAGGUGUUAGCGUUUAUCAUCUGGACCGAUCCCCACACAAUCACACAGUCCGAUCUCCAUGGGCUCUAAAGAAAGUCAACCGUCAACACGAGGCAUCACAAUUCCAGGACAGGCUAGUGAGUGAGGCAAAGAUACUGCAGGAGUUGAAACAUCCCAAUAUUGUUGGCUUCAGAGGAUUUUCCAAAACUGACGAUGGCAGACAGGUUUUGGCGAUGGAGGUAUGCAAUGAAUCGCUUGGCAAUCUAAUCGAGGAGUCUGCAGAAAAUGGAGAAACUCGGUUUCAACCUGAUAAAAAUUCUUACUGUAAUUGCAGGAAUAGCAAAAGGGUUACAAUACCUACAUGA